GAACCGCGUCCCCGAUACCGCGUCGCAGUGGAGACCUUGGCCGCGUCCCCACUGCGUAGCAGCGAGUGAAUGACUCGGAUCGAUGGCCGCUUUGUGGGCGUCGUGAAAAGGCAUCCGCCCUGAAAGACGUGAUGGAUGUCGUCCAUCGACCAGGCGUGCAGAUCACGCGGGCGAACAUCCGCAAGUGGAUCCACGGGCAGGACCUGGAGCGGCUGGAGAAGGUCGUCCUCGAGGGGCAGGGCGGGAAGCUCCUUCAGGAGACCGCUGCGUAUUCCCGGGUCCGGAAGUUCCUCAAUCUCGUUCCGCAGUUGAUGGGAAAAAUUCGAGACGUGCACGAAGCAACAAUAAAGGGCGACGUCGCGGAAUUGGAGAUGAAAACCGACAACCCCGCCUGGCUCGGUGCAAAAGACUCCAAAGGCUUCACACCCAUGCACAAGGCUGCAGGACUAGGCAAGCACGACGUCCUGAGCUACCUGCUCGAAAAAAGCCCCGAGAGCAUGAAAGCGACCGACUACGAAGGCCGCGUCCCCUUGCACUGGGCCGCCGCCGCCAAGGACGGCCAGGAGUCGUACCUCACCCUACUCAGAGCCGGAGCGAACCCCAACGUCACCGACAACCGCGGGAGGACGCCCGAGUCCUAUUCCAAGGCCAGCAAGACCGGCCACGUGGACCUGGAUCCCCGCCUUCUCACUUUCCUCCCCGACGCACCCCGCUCCGCCGGACGGUACUCCGGGGGCUCCAUCAAUUCCGGGUCCUCUGCCGAUACUGUAGACUCCCAGGAUUCGGAUGCCAGUCGGGGGAAGGCGACUCGAACCGCCAGACGACCGCGACUUUCUCCUCAAAAGGCUACGACCCCAGAAGUCGCCCGGACCGGUGUCGUGACCCCGGUGCCCUUGAAGGCCAUCACAGAGGACAACAUCGAGCGGUGGAUCCGGGCCGGCGACAAGCAGCGGCUCGAGCAGGUCAUCCUGGAGGGGAAGGGCAACCUCCUGUUGGGGAAGAAGGCCUGGAGCGAGGACAUCCGGGAAUUCCUCCGCUCCAUCCCGAACUACACGAACGCGAUCAAGGAGCUCCACGAGGCCUCGAUGCAAGGGGACGUCUACAAAGUGCAAGACCUCCUGGAAAGCAACAGGAAGCUGGCCCUCUCCAAGGAUGAGAACGGGGCGCUGGCCCUGCACAAGGCGGCCGCCAACGGCCAUGCCCCCGUCGUCAAUCUCCUCCUCGAGGUCUAUCCUCAUGGCAUCUCCAUCCAGGACUCGGACCUGAGAACGUCGCUCCAUUACGCCGCGAUGGGAGAGGAGAAGGUGGGGGCCCGGGCCCUGUACGACGCCCUGGUCCUCGCCGGCGCCGACGAAGCCGUCAUCGACAUCAAGGGACACAUGGCCGAACACUACCUCCACGCCGCCGACGAGGAAGAGGAGGAGGAGUACCCCACGCCCAUCCACCGCGCGCCCAUCCACACCGCGCCCAUCCACCACGCGCCCUCCCACCCCGCGUCCAUUCACCCGAUCGAGGACAUGGAUGUGGACGCCAUCAUCGACCAAGGGGAUCUCGGGGCCUUGGAGGAGCUCGUCGUCCGAGGAGAGGGGAACAGCCUGAUCGGGAAGGUGUCCGAGGACCCAAGGGUUCAGGAAUUCCUCGACAACGUCCCGGGAUACACGGCGCGGAUCCUCGAGGUGCACCGGGCGGCGCGAGAGGGCAACCUCCAGGAGGUGACCUCCCGCAUGGACGCCCUGAAGCUCGCCCUCUCCCGGGACCCCGCGACCGGCGCCACCCCGCUCCACAAGGCCGUCCUCAACCGGCACGCCGACGUCAUCCGGUUCAUCGUCAACAACUUCCCCCAGACCCUGAACGUCCUGGACCGAGGCGCCCGGACUCCCCUCCACUACGCGGCCGUCGUCGGCCGACUGGACGAGGGCCACCUCUACAAAGUCCUCGUCAACGCCGGCGCCGACCCGAACGUCAAAGACCAGCUCGGGAACACCCCCGGCCACUACCUGCGACACCGGGGCGAGAUGCGAGUGGAGGACCUGAGGAGGACCCCGGCAUCCCUGUCCAGCGAGUCGCGGCGGAGCAACGAGACCUACACCGUCCCCCCAGGUGAUGGCCCGUACCCAGGUGACGGCCCGUACCCAGGUGAUGGCCCAUACCGAGGCAGACACGGCCUGACGGAGGUUUCGUCGAAGAAGCCGAACGACCCGGUCGGAUUCCUGGCCAAAUACCUGCACAGAUACGCCGAGACCAAAUCCCUAUCGGCCAAGACGAUCCAAGAGGAGCCGAUAGCCGAAGAGAUCUACGCGGGUGAUCAGGAACGCGGCCUGGGGAGCAUUCCGGAUGGGAACUUUGCGGAUGGCCACACCUACACGCCCCCCAAGGACCUGGAAUCAAGGCAUCGGGACAAAGACGGCCAGACGAUCCUGCACCAAGCGGCCGCGAGGCGCAUGAACCGCACCGCGCUGGGAAAGCUGUUGCGGGAGUCCGGGAUCAGCAUCGCCGUGCGGGACAGCCAGUACCGAACGGCGCGGGACGUCGCCUUCGAGGCCGGACUCAGGGACAACGUCCAGGCCAUCGACGACUACGUCGUGGAGCUCGCCCGCAGAGGUGACCGGGAGGAGCUGUACCACCUGCUGAUGGAGGGCUACGACCACAUCAUCGACGUCCAGGACGGCACGGGCCAGAACGUCCUGCUGGCCGCUCAGGGCACCGGAGAGGCCAAGGCGGUCCAGUUCCUCAGGGGCAUCCCCCCUUUCCUGGAGAAGCGGAAUCAGAUCCACGCGGCGAUCCGGAAGGGAAGCGCCAGGUACGUGAAGGACAACCUCCUCAACGCGUCCCUGGCCAUAUCGAAGAACUCCAACGGGAGGACGGCCCUCCACAUCGCGACCUUGUGCGAGAACCUGGAGCUGAUGACCCUCGUCGCCACGAAGUACCCCGAGACCGUCCACAUCGGAGACAACCUGGGACGGAGCCCGCUGCACUACGUGAUGGGAUUGGAUCGCGUGGACGCCAUGGGACGGAUCCUGGUCAAGGUCGGCGCUCGUCGACUCCCCGACAUGAAAGGGCGCAUGCCGAGCUACUAUUUCCUCAACAAGGACGAGAUAGAGCAACUGAAGAACGAAGAGGAAGCCCUGCGAAAGUGAACUCUCAGGUGCCGCAAAUUCGACUUUUACGAGCGCCUGACUCCCUUCUGUCGAUGUCCCAUCCCGAGCAUUGCAUGUGCCAAUGACACGUUCAACUCUAUGUGGUUGUUCUACCGUAGUGAUGACUUAUACAAAAUGGGAAAAUUCUUUUCAAGUAGUGUCUUUAGUUUUUUUUUUUCUUCCAUCAUAGAGAGCAGGGUCGUGAAAACGUGACAAUAUGAAUAUUCUAGAAUAAAAUGACCGAUG